AAAGUGACAACAGACAGUAACAGGAAUAGUUGGAGCCAUGAAAACCAUUAUUGCUGCAUAUUCCCAAGACCUGAGUGGACUGACUCUGCGCUCUGCACUGCGCUCUGUAUCUGCUGCUACUACACAACUCCAAGAGCAGCUCCGCUCAUUUAUGCAGCUGCUUUCUAUUCUACAAUGGAUAUUUUCUUUUCUAGUGAUGGGCCUGGCAUUCCUUAUGGUAUUUAUAUGUCUGUUCUUCACACAUCUCUGGCCGAUAUCUGCUCUGUAUCUGAGCUGGGUCUUGCUGGAUUGGGAUACGCCAGAAACAGGGGGUCGGCGCAGUGAAUGGGUACGGAACUGCUCUGUCUGGAACUAUUUUCGGGACUACUUUCCUAUACAGCUCGUGAAGACUCACAACCUACCUCCAGGACGUAAUUACAUCAUUGGCUCACAUCCCCAUGGAAUCCUGUGUAUUGGAGCGUUUUGUAAUUUUGUCACAGAAUCCACAGGUUUCUCCCAAAAAUUCCCUGGAAUUCGGCCUCAUUUGACUACACUCACAGGAAACUUCCGGUUGCCCAUCCUGCGCGAGUACAUGAUGAGUGGAGGACUCUGUCCAGUGAAUCGAAAAUCUAUUGGCUAUGCUCUAUCACAGAAGGGCCGCGGAAAUGCCGUAGUUAUUGUAGUAGGUGGAGCUGCUGAAUCGUUGUCCUGCCAGCCGGGGGUCACAAAUCUGAUCCUAAGUAACAGGCGAGGAUUUGUACGACUGGCAUUGGAGCAUGGGAUCCACAGGAUAACAAUGGGAUAUGAUGGAGCGUCAGCGGAUUUGCACCAAUUGAUCAAAGCUUUCUGGCCUCCCAGGAUCCAACAGGCCCAUCCAUAUAUUCCCGUCUACUGGCUCAGGCAAAUCAGUUGUAUUCCAAAGCAUAAGGCAGGAGCAUUAUGUAGAGCCCUAAUCAGGGCAGACCUCGUCCCCUCUUACUCUUUUGGUGAGACUGACCUGUACCAACAAGUGCAUUUCACAGAGGGAAGUUUGCUUCAUGCAGCUCAGCACAGGUUCCAGAAACUUUUUGGAUUUGCUCCAUGUUUUUUCUAUGGUCGUGGCCUAACAUCGCCUCAAUCAAAGGGUUUCAUCCCUUACUCCCGGCCAAUCACCACUGUCAUUGGGGAGCCUGUCACUGUCCCCCAGAUACAGGAUCCAAGCCCAGAGAUUGUGGAUAGAUAUCACAACAUGUACAAGUGUUCUCUGCUCAGACUGUUCCAUGAAAAUAAGACUAAGCAUGGGCUGGGAGAGAACGCAGAGCUACGCAUCUUGUGAUGAACAGUGUGGAGACCUUGUUCUGUACAUCACCAUAGAAGGACAACAGGGAUAUUUUCACAGUCGAUGGCUGGCAACAGUUGCAGUGUUCUUGGCCUAAGCAAAGUUUGAACUCAACCUAUGUAUUUUUUUUUAUCUAUUUUCCUGCAUUCUGAAUUCAUGAAAACUGGACAAAAAGUAUUGUAAAAUAAAGUGGAUGAGUCACAGUUCCCCUCCUUGUGUUGACAGUAAACUGGGUUGCCCUAUUUCCAGUGUAGUGCCUGUGUGUUGAAAGACAAUAGUUAAUUUUAUUGUGAACCAGUAUAUAAAAAAUGUUUAAACUCUUAAUUCAUUAUUUGUCUGCAGUCUAUCUUUUUUAAAAUAAACACUUAAAAAUGCUUCUUGCAUAAGUAUUUAACACCGACAAAAUAUACUGUAUGCCCUAACAAUUGACCUUCAAUGAGCCUCUACCUGUGAAUCAUUAAAAAAGUUCAGCUUUCAUUGAUCAUUUCAAAUAACUUUGGUUACACUGUGUAUUUAAAUUAGAUUUUUUGUAUUUGUUUCCUUAACUGUAGAUAUGUUGAGGUUUUGUUUGUUAAUUCUCCACCUCAUUGUAUUACUGUGCUUAUUCUCAACUGUAAAUUGCUGCAGAUUAUGCUGAUAUUAUAUGAAUAAAUGUUUAGGGGUAUAUGCAAUUGUGAUCGAAUUACCAAAAAUGUCGAAAAACGGGUCAUUUUCGACACAAAAAACCUGUCUAAUUUGAUUCGACAAUGCAAUACAGUACUUUUCGAGAAAAAACCUGCCAUUAAAUUUUCGACUUUUGGCAAUUCUACUUUUUUUCAAUUCCACAUGUCUGCAAUGUUAAAAUGCGGCUUUUCGACAAAAGUACAUUCAAUUGAAGAAUGUCGAUUCGACAACAGUGCUUUUCGACAGUCAUUUCGUCAAUUUCAUUCCGCCUCAUUUUCCUGUCAUGUUCUAAUAAAUUUUUUUAUAAACAUGA